CCUGCUGGAGACCAGUCUUGCUUGCCGAGGGGUCGUGGGGACCGGCCAUGGGGAGCAUGGGAGGCCUGUGGUCUUGGGUGCUGGGUCUGCUCUCCUUGCCAGGUGUGAUCCUCGGAGCACCCUCAGCAUCCCGGUGUGCAGGAGUCUGCAGCGCCAGCUUCUCAGAAGACCUCAACUCUGAGGGGACCCAGGUGUCCUGGGACAAAGACAUCCCUGCAAUUAACCAAGGGCUCAUCCCGGAGGAGACUCCAGAUGGCAGCUUCCUGGUGGAAGGGGACAUCAUCCGGCCAAGUCCCUUCCGGCUGUUGUCGGUGACCAACAAUAAGUGGCCCAAGAGUGCUAGUGGCAUCGUGGAGAUCCCCUUCCUGCUCUCCAGCAAAUAUGAUGAGCCCAGCCGCCGGGUCAUCCUGGAGGCAUUUGCUGAGUUUGAACGUUUCACGUGCAUCCGGUUUGUUGCCUACCAGGGCCAGAGAGACUUCAUCUCUAUCAUCCCCAUGGCCGGGUGCUUCUCUGGUGUGGGCCGCAGUGGAGGGAUGCAGGUGGUGUCCCUGGCACCCGCCUGUCUUCACAGGGGCCGGGGCAUCGUCCUGCACGAGCUCAUGCAUGUGCUGGGCUUCUGGCAUGAGCAUGCACGGGCUGACCGGGACCGGUACAUCCGUGUCAACUGGCACGAGAUCCUGCCAGGCUUUGAAAUCAACUUUGUCAAAUCCCGGAGCAGUAAUAUGCUGGCACCCUAUGACUACUCAUCAGUGAUGCACUACGGGAGGCUCGCCUUCAGCCGGCGUGGGGAGCCUACCAUCAUCCCGCUCUGGGCCUCCAGUGUCCACAUCGGCCAGCGGUGGAACUUGAGCACCUCGGACAUUGCCCGGGUCUGCAGGCUCUAUGACUGCAGCCCAAGCGGUCCCAACCCCCACGGGAGCGGGUUCCAGGCCCUUGGCAAUGGCAGGAGCCCCACGCCUGCCUCUAGACCCUACCUGCAGAGACUCCUGGAAGCACUGCCUGGAGAUUCCAGGAGCUGUGACCCCAGUGGCCCUGGGGCUGGUGGCUGGCACAUUGCUGCAGGACCCAGAGAGAACCUGAAUGGGUGGGAGCCCCCUGGCAGGAGAAAGUUCAGCAUGCAGGCCUUGGGAAGGCUGCCUCAGACCCUGGCUUCUUCCCCAAGGUCAAGGCCCGAAGCAGGGGCCCCAGGCAUGGCUCUGGAGCUGUCCUGGCUGGCCCAAGUGCCCACGGACCCUCCAGCCCCAUUUCCAGAAGCUGGAGAACAGCUGGCACCUGUCCAGGCUGCUGUGGAGAGCCCAGCUCUACCCGGAGGCUGGGAACCUGGAAGUCACUUGGGAGGGAAGCCUGAAGCUUGAGUUGGUGGCUUCUCCCCAAAGACAGAGUCUGUUCUGCCUAGAGGAGCAGGGUUGGCCAGCCCUUGGCCCCUCUGGGCGGCACCCCUGUCUUUUUUGAAAGCCAAGUAUUUCCUCUAUAAAACUGUUAGGUUGAUAAAAGAUUUCAUAAAAUUGAUGUCUUUUUUUGAUAUUAGGAGAAGAGAGUAUGGGUUGACAAAUAAGAUUCUCAUACAAGAACAAUACUGUCAAAGACAAAGUGGUGAAAUUGGGUAUAUAUAAAACUGCAAAAGCAGCAAGAUUUGAGGAGACUACAUAGUAGUCUUACAUUACAUGUCUUUUUUUGUUGUUGUGUUUUACUUUUUGAUGUUGCUUUAUUUAUUCAAUACAUUUGUUCAGUCCCUGUGUCAGACAUUGUUCUAGAGACUAGGGAUACAAUAGUAGCAAAAAACUGAUGCUGUCUCAGCUUUUCUGCUGCUCACAUUUAUUUCAAUUUGUAUUCUUCAACUAAAAGCAUAUAGCACCCCUGUCCCAACCUUUUAGCCCCUCUCUUAGAGGCCUGGACUGUUCCCUGUGUCCCUUCCCCAAGGGCUCCUAGGGACAGAGGGGCCUCUAGGUCUGUCGUAGAAGGCAGGCCUGGCUAUACUUGUUCUUGUUUUUGCCCCAUCCCUUGAGGCUGAAGAGAAUGGCAAGAACACAACAACCUGAGUAGAGGACUAAAAGUUCAUCUCGACCUCUGCUCACUGUCUCCAGGAGCCCUGCCCUGAGGGGACAUGACAGGGGUCACCCCACUUGUCCUCCUUUAGCCAAGCCCCACACCUCCCCUUCCCAAACCCCUGGCUGUCCCUAUGAGGUCCCAGGAGCAAAGAGACUCUCUGGGUGGCCCCCAACCCUCAGGGCUACCAUGCUGGGGACCUGCAGAUCGAGGGGUGGGAGGGGAGCCAGGGCCUCAGCUGUUAGGGGCAAGCAGAAAUAA